CGCCUACCGUCCGCACUGGCAAUCUACCGUCGUCUUAUUUAUGUAUUCCCCUGCUUUCCUCAGAGACAACGUGCCCACAUUGUAUCCACCGUCCCAGGUCACUGAGUGCUCGAGUUUCCAGCACUUUCUACACCUAGGAUCCUAAAGCCACCGGAAGACAUUGGGAAGACAUCAUGGACAGGAGAAUUCGUUUGGACCUCAGGCGUCCUCCUCCUAAUGUCAUCGAUCUCGACCACCCAGACACAGCAACCGUAAAAGUCCUUCAAUUACUCACACAGGUAGCGAAAGCAAUUUACUCCGAUCGAAGCACUGUUGCUUGCAGAUUCAUUGAAGAGGAGUGGGAUGGUGUCUGGAGAUGGGUUCUCUCGUUGUCGCGAGCAGUUUUGGACCAGCAAGCUACCACGCCCGCAGGCAACUCCUUCGCUGAAAUGAUCCUCGACCCGUUACCUGUUUUACUCGUUUACCGGACAAUCCCAAAUGGAUGGAAUACGGGAAUCCGCCUCACCGAACUUGACCGUCUCGUUGUCUCGGCUCCCAAAAUAAUUGCGCUCUCCGUCGAAUUAUGGCUCUUUGCAAAUGACAUUGAAUUUCCAUCUAUCCCAGCUUUCUGCGAUUGUGCAAGUUCCUACGCCCGUUUCUUGCUCAUGCACGGCGGAAACACUCCUCACGGAAAGGUUGCAAAGCAUCAUUUGGAUCAGCUGCUUGUGAAUCCGCGCUGGGAUGUUCCCCGGAGUUUCAUUAAGUACUUAAUCCGCGAGGCCAGUAAACCGGUUUUCCAAUACUUUACGGUCAUUCGGCGUAGCUUACUGCUCGCUGCAACCCUCAGCAAACUAUACGCGAGGCCAGACCAGCUUCCUUCCCCUUUUCUCAAAGGAUUUCUCCAAAACAAUGCCCCGAGAUGGAUAGUUCUAAUCUUACUCAAACUCGCAAACCCAAAAUGUAACGGGAACGAGACCGACCAUCUAGUCGUUAGCAACGUACAGCAAUGUCUCGAAUUCCUUCACAUAUGCUUCACUGCCGAUAUCUCUUCACUCCUGGAGGCGUUGGAUGCUGGCCUCGUGCUUUCCAUCUUCAAGCAUCGCGAUUUGGUGAUACGGGUUUUGCGAAACUCCGCUAAUCCCUUUCCGGUCGAUGUUGCAGAAAUCUUUGCGCAACCACUGGAACACAUAACAUCGCUUUUGUACCAUCGAAGGGUGUUCGUUCGCGUGAUUCGCUCACUGAAGAAGGUGCAAAAGAAAGGAUUAGACCCCAAACCCCAUUUCAAAGGAUCUGGCCCUCGUCUACACGGUGCUUGGAUCACUUUACUUGCGGAAGCGGACGCAAAACACCUGAUAUAUAAGGAAGGGCGUGAAACUCAGCUUGGAUGGUAUGACGCCGCCGUUUGUGAAUAUAAAAACUGCUACUAUCGCGAUUCGUUGACCUCAAUUCAUCAAUUCAAACGAUGCAGUGGCUGUAAGAUAGAGAUAUACUGUUCUUCGGAAUGCCAGAAGGGAGCUUGGAAAGCUCACCACCGACAAGAAUGUCAAGGGAGACUUGAAAGGAGUGACCAAAUACUACUUUCAGGGCCGUCAUCCCUUGACCUUGCAUUCCUUCGUAAAUGUGUUUAUUCCGACUAUCAAUCGCGUGCCAAAAAAUAUCAACGAUUAAUGGAUGAUCGUCGUGCCCAGUACCCGCAAGGCGUUGCAAUUCUCAUGGAUUACCGGAAGGACCCGAUGGAAGCAAAAGCAAUUUCUCUCUCGGAUGCACGUGUACUGGGUAGAUGGUCGAAAGAGGAUACAGCUGUUGUUGGCAUUGCUUGCGUUCCAUGGGAACGUAAAGUAAUCACAGUGAAUAUACGUUCUCGACCUGGUUCUGGUGGCACGUCCGAGAAACAGGUUCAGAAAUCUAUUUAGUAUGUGUUGAUUCGCAAUGAGAUUCCACGAUUUACCAUGUGCAUACCUC